GUGGAGAUUAGUGUGAGCCCUGCCAAGGGUGAGCCUGACACAAAUCUCGUGGCCUUAAUGAAGGAAGAAGGGGUGAAACCGCUAAGAGGAGCAAUGGGAAUUUACAUCAGCACCCUGAAAACAGAGUUCACGCAGGGUAUGAUCUUGCCUACAAUGAACGGAGAGGCAGUAGACCCAGUCGGGCAGCCAGCACUGAAAACGGGGCGCAAGGCUAAGUCUGCUCCUUCAAAAACCCAGGCCAGACCUGUUGGUGUCAAAAUCCCCACUGGUAAGAACACCCUUAGAGAAACCUUCCUGACAUCACCAGAGGAGCUCCAUAGAGUUUUUACCACCCAGGAGCUUGUUCGGGCCUUUACCCAUGCUCCUGCAAUGUUAGAAGCAGACAAAGGGGGCAAGUUUCACCUGGUAGAUGGCAAUGUCUCUGGAGAACUCACUGAUUUGAUCCCUGAGAGACAUAUUGUGAUGGAGUGGAGGUUUAAAUCUUGGCCAGAAGGGCACUUUGCCACCAUCACCUUGACCUUCAUUGACAAGAAUGGAGAGACUGAGCUGUGCAUGGAAGGCCGAGGCAUCCCUGCCCCUGAGGAGGAGAGGACACGGCAGGGCUGGCAGCGGUACUACUUUGAGGGCCUCAAACACACCUUUGGCUAUGGCGCACGCUUAUUUUAG